GCAAGGCCUGUGUGCUCCCAACACUAAAGAUUUGGCACCUAUUCUUGGGUACUGGCUCCUCUACUCCUGGCACCCAACCUCAUGGUGCCCCUUCUACAUGUCUUGUUUAUAGCGCACCCUACUGGAGCCCAACCUUAUGGACCCCCUCCUGGCGCCUAACUCAUGGUGUCCCUUUCUCCUAUUCCUGUGCAGUUUCAUGCCUAGCAUCCACUGCUGCCGCUAUUGGUUCUCCCCGUCGAUGCCCCUAUCUCGCACAGUGCAGAUGUGCUCGCACAUCUGAGCCCAGCGAGACCACCACUGGCGGGCUCGCCCAGCAGCGCCGUCCUUGGCAUGCCUGCUCCUCCUCAAAUGGCGCAUGUCGCGGUGUGCUCGACAUCCCAAGGCACCUCGCCCUCAUUACCCUGCGUCACUGCCUCUUUGAUGCCCGUUUGGGCCCCUGCCCCUCCAACGCCGCCUUGGGCUCUAGCCUCCAUGACAUCCGCGAUGGCCCCUACCUAGAUGACGCCUGUUGCGUCGCCGACACCUACCUGCGCACCAACUUCGAUGCCAUUUGCUCUGUUGUUGCCUACCUCCUCUCUGAUGUCAAUAGCUUCUUGCAUCUCCCCUCCUUUAUCCGACAAUGGUCUCUAGUCACCUAG